AGCUCCUUCAUUCCAAACUCUGCUCAAGGUUGAGAAGAGCGAGCGUGAGAGAGAGGGGAAGAAUGGCGAAGUGGUGGUUAAUUUCGUUGUUCUUAUUAUCUCUUUGGCCAUUUCAAUCCCACUCUCGCCCCCUCCCCUCACACUCCCAACUCUCUGCCGCCGAUUCAAAUCCCAACGCCGCGAAAUCUUCCGUCAAUGACGAGAAAAACAUCGUCUUUGGAGGCGUUGGCGGCUACGCCGGAGCUGGUGGAGUUGCCGUGGGUGGCAUUCCGGUAGUCGGAGUCGCCGGCGGCGGCGUUGGAGGUGUCGCAGGCGUUGCCGGUCUGGGCGGCGUCGGUGGUCUCGGCGGCGUUGGUGGCGGAGUCGGUGGUGUGGGAGGCGGAGUCGGCGGUCUUGGCGGCGGUGUUGGUGGUCUUGGCGGCGGCGUUGGUGGUCUUGGCGGCGGCGUUGGUGGUCU